AUGUCUGAGGAACAACAUACUUAUGCUAUGAUCAAGCCAGGUUACGAAAAGUACUGGGGCAAGGUCAUCGACCGCAUCGAGGAGGAAGGUCUCCACAUCGUCCAGAUGAAGACAAUGAGAUUCGACAUGGACUUCGCUUCCAAGUUCUAUGCUGAGCACGUUGGCAAGGGCUUCUUCGCCGACCUCGCCGGCUACAUGACAUCAGGCACAAUCGUCGCCCUCGAACUCGCUGGUCCAAACGCUAUCGCUAAGUGGCGUGAGAUCAUCGGCCCAACAAAGAAGGAAGUCGCUGUCGAGAAGGCUCCAAACUCCCUCCGCGCUCUCUAUGCUCGCUCAACAACAGAGAACCUUUGCCACGGCUCUGAUGCUCCAGAAACAGCUGCUCGUGAAAUCGCUUUAGUCUUCGGCAAGUAA